AUGAAUGUCGGAAGCUGGAGAUGGGCUUUUGGGACUUUUGCCAUCAUCACACCGUUCGUGGCAAUACCACUGUGCACGAUAUUGAGGUUGAACCUCAGCAAGGCCAGGAAAGCCGGACUCAUGCCCGACGAGACUGUGGAUAAUGGGAGGAAUACAUUGCAGACUCUCAAGCAUGUUGCCAUAGAGUUUGAUAUUAUUGGAGUUAUCCUCUUUGCUUUUGGUCUGAUGAUCUUCCUUCUGCCGUUUAACCUUGCAGCGUCCGCGUCGAACGGCUGGGCUACCGGAUGGAUCAUUGCUAUGAUCAUCAUCGGAUUCGCUGCAAUGGUUCUGUUCUGCAUCCACGAAUACUGUUGGGCGCCUUCACCUUGGCUACCCUGGCACUUCCUCACAGAUCGCUCCAUGGUCGGAACCUGUGCUCUCAACAUGGUGUACCAGAUAUCCUAUUAUACAUGGAACCUCUACUUUCAGUCGUUCUUGCAGGUUGUGUUCAACCUCUCUAUAGCAGAAGCUGGCUACAUCAACAACACUUUCUCCGUUGUAUCUGGUGUCCUCUUGUUUAUUGUUGGCUACGCAAUCCGCCGUACUGGCCUCUACAGAUGGCUAUUUUACAUCGCGGUGCCGCUCUACACUUUUACUCUGGGCCUAAUGAUCCACUUCCGCCAGCCCAAUGGCAAUAUCGGCUAUAUCAUCAUGUGCGAGAUUUUCAUCUCCAUCGGAGGAGCGGUCUUUAUCCUAGUAUGUCAGCUUUCUGUGCUCUCGGCUGUCGACCACCAGCAUACAUCGUCAGCGAUGUCGCUGCUCUAUGUCUCCGGCGCUUUUGGAGGUGCGAUCGGGCCCGCCAUCUCGGGCGCAAUAUGGACCAAUGUGUUUCCAUCCGCCCUCGCGCACUACCUUCCAGAAUCUGCACAGGACCAGGCCGCACUCAUUGCUGCGAGUUUACCCAAACAGCUCAGUUACCCUGUCGGAAGUGAAGAGAGGCUGGCCAUCCAGCUUGCAUACGGAUACGGACACACCAGAAUGCUUGCCGCUGGAGUUGCAUUCUCCAGCCUGAUGCUCAUCUUCAUGUUAAUGAUCAAUAAUAAAAACAUCAAGGAUGUCAAGCAGACGAAGGGCGUUGUCUUUUAG